AUGAGUCGGUGGCGUCGUUCGGUGGACGAGUUGGGGUUGCGGCGGCAGCAGGCCGAGUGUGAGCGCGCUCAGGAGGCUCUCAGUCGGGCCACUUCCUGUUUCCAGCAGCUGGUAGCAUCACUCGGCAGCUCUGCAGACUGCAGCUUCCUGCGAGAUGAGAUGGACGAGGCAAGAGGGCUCGCACACCGAAUCUGCAGCGGCCUGUCCAAGCGUCUGGUGCGUCUGCUGUCUCACUGUGACUCCGCUCUCCCAGGUGUGGAGGACAGACAGGUGUCAGAGCGUCUGUGGGUUCUCUUCCUGUCGGCGUUAGAGAACUUCCUGUUUGACCUCCGUAAGGCCUGCGAUCUGAUUGGACGGUUCCCUCUGAGGCAGCGCUAUGACAGACGCUCGCUAGUCAACACAGGAUGUAUUGAUGGCGUGGUAGGUGUGGCAGCUCGAGUGGCUUUAGUCCAAGCACCAUGGCUCACCUUAGAGGAAGAGCCGAGCCCAGAUCUGACCAAUCACAUCGCAGGACUGGAAGCCAUGCUGAGUGAGAUGCAGCUGAGGGUUCCUGUGGCAUUCUGGGCGGUGGAGGCGACCCAGCCGGCCUGGGCUGAAGCUUACGGCGAACGAGACGAACCGGACGUCACCCUGGAGGAGCUGAUGGAGGUCGAGGUUGUCUCCAAUAACAAGAUGGCCGGAUGCUGCCAGCCAGCGUGCUGCGGACUGGGCUGUGUCGGGUAG